AGCCGCGUCGCCGCUCUUCGUUCUGUCGUCGUUUUGUGCGGUUUUUUUUUCCUCAGAAGCACAAUCUUAGAGCGAACAGUCCUGUUAUCUGUCAAAGCAGAACCUCUUCGUCGCUGCACAGUUUAUUUGGUCGAGUAGCUGAGUAUUUAUUCUCGAUACAAGAAUAAAAAGAAAAAGAUGGACAUCUUGAGUAAUCUCAACCCUUUCGCCUCUUCCUCUGCGGCGGCGAACAGCAGGAUCAUUGGCCAUGACUAUUACCGUGAAAAAUGCCGCUACCCCCAAAGUUGCAAUAAUUUGUGAUGCGAAGUUUCCAAAUGAAAACUUUUUGUCAUGCAUGAAAGGAAUAUGAAUCUUUGUGAUGCAGAGUCUAGGCGUAUAUAGCAUUGCUUGCAUGACAAGCGCCGCUCUUGCUGGGAUCUGUUGCAAUACAAAUUUUCGCUAUUCACGAUUGGAAAUCUGUGAUGCUGCUAGAUGCAAGAGGGCGAGUGUUUCUGUUGGAAAGGUUUGCAAUACAAAUGCUCCCAAGUUCCGGGCUGGGGGCGUUUUUCAUUGUGAUAGUGACCCCGUCACGGGGUACCCGAUCGUACUGGACCCCAAAAUAUCAAAUGCAAAUAUGUCGGGGUCUGGAAAAGUGCAACGUUUGUCAUGCACGUUUUGCAUGACGCGUGAGGUCUAUGAUGCAUGCCCUUGCGUUACAGAUCCUGUGAGAUCUUUUCCAUGCCUUUUCCGCAUGAGAAACUGCCUCUCGGCCUUCUCAAAAGUGAACAGCUUUAUUGCUAGUCACGCAAGAACGCAAAUUUUUGUAUGAUUCAGAUUUAGCAUGACAAGUUGCACUCUUCCAGACCCAGACAUAUUUGCAAUGCAUACAAAACCGGUCAGCCGGUGAUUUCCGCGCCGGUGAAGCGACCCAAAUUGAACGAGCCAAAUGGGUUCGAGUUGGCGGUUUGUUUUGUGCUGUUUGCGGUUUUCGUCACCGUUUUUGCCUACUGCGUCUACAAGCAGCGACUUGCAGACGAGGAGAGAUUUCGGAAAAUGGAGGAAAAGGAAUUACUGGAGAAGAGGACAAGUCCUAAAAAGUGCUGACAAGAGCAGCAACAGGCGGGAAGAUCAUUCGCUGUUUUCGAAUACGCACGAAAUUGUUUAAAAAACGGCAUGCACUGCUCUUGCCGGAUUGUCAAGUAACGCGCAUGGUGAAAUCUGAGGUGCAAAACUGAUCAUGGAUGCCACAAGAUAGAAACCCGGGGCAGACCACAGGAUGAAAGGACUCAUCUUCUUAGGAUACAACAGGGUGCUCUAGACGGAAUGUGUUAAUAAAGGGAAUUCGCAGAAAGACUACAAUUUUCGACUUACAAU